UCUGCCCCUUUGUGACUCCUUCUCGCAGGAGAGGCCGCUCCUCAGUGACCCGGCGGUGCGCAGCAGCAGGAGAUCGUCUCCGCGGGACUAACAGAUGGAGCUCUGAGUUCUCAUUUCUCUCCACUCCAAACACACCUCUGGAUCCUUGGAUACACGCAGAUCCAAGGCGCCGUGCGCUUCUGGACGAAUGCCGUCGCGAUGCUGUGGAUGUGACUUCAACAACAACAACAACAACAGCUUCUCGACGGUGGAGCCCCGCGAGCCACAAUGAAAGACGAUUUUGCCGAUGAGGAGGAGGUGCAGUCCUUCGGUUAUAAGAGGUUCGGAAUCCAGGAGGGUUCGGAGUGCACCAAGUGCAAAAAUGACUGGGCGCUGAGGGCGGCGAUUGCGCUGCUCUACGUGCUCUGUGCGCUGCUCACCAUAGCAGUGGCCGUCCUCGGAUACAAAGUGGUCCAGAGAAUGGACAAUGUCUCAGAAGGCAUGGAGAAAUUUGGAGGAAAGAUCAAUGCUGUGGAGACAGACUUAAAGAAAUUAGAUGAUGAAGCAGGGGAUAAGUCAGUAAAUGCCACAAGUAACAUCAAGACCUUCAAGUCAGAUCUGGAGGCAUUACAGAAGCAACUGAACGAUAUUGCCCUCAGGGCAACCAGGAACAGGGAUUUACUGGACGGGCUUCAGAUCACAGGGGAUGACACGCAGAACGGCCACGUGUCUCUGCAGAGCUUUUUGCAAGGCAACCAGGCCUCAUUGCGCGGGGUCAACCAGACCUUGGUCUCCUACAGCGGCAUGAUUGACGACCUCCAGACUGACACUGCGUGGCUCCAGUCAGAGUUACAGGGCCAGGUCAAAGUGCAGAGCCAGACCCAGGUUAGUAUCGGCGCGCUAAACAUCACCCAAUCCCAGCAGCGCAAUCUGCUCGGCACGCUGCAGAAGACGGUGGAAGGCGCCGGCCAGGCGGUGCAGAGACUACAAAAUGACUACCAGGGUCUGCAUCAGACGGCCAGUCAGACCCGAGCUGACACACAGUGGCUUAAGGAAAAGGUCCAGAACCUCCAGGUCUUGGCAGCCAAUAACUCAGCCCAGGUCCGUUCCAAUGGAGAGGCCCUGGAUGACUUGGGGUCUCAGCUCAGCACACUAGUCAGCCAGAUCCAGAACACCUCCGCUCUCAGCGAGGAGCGCGGCCAGAGUCUGCACGAGCUGAUGGACCAUCAGCGGGACCACGAUAACGCCACCUCGUCCAAGUUUGAUGAAAUGGAAUCGCGGCUCGACGGCCACGAGAAUGAGAUGGACCGUGUGACGGGAAACAUGAGCUUCGCCUCGCAGCUCCUCGGUGCCAUCAGCUCCGACCUGAGCGGCCUGAGGACGUGCGCUGAGACGGUGAUGCGGCACUCAGACCUGCUCCUCGGGCUGAAUGUCAGCGUGACGGAGGCCGUGGCGGAUAGCAAAAAGCUGCGCGCGCAGCAAGACGAACUGUCGGGCCGGCUGGACAAGGAGGUCAGCAAUCUCUCCGGGGUGAUGGAGGAGAUGAAGCUGGUGGACAGCAAGCACUCGCAGCUCAUCACCAACUUCACCAUCCUGCAGGGUCCACCGGGUCCAAGGGGCCUCAGGGGGGACAAGGGUCCACAGGGAGCAAUGGGUCAGCCAGGACAAAAGGGUGAUAAGGGAGAGAAAGGGAUGCCAGGGCUGGUUGGACCUCAAGGAGAGAAAGGUGCUGCUGGACCAACAGGUGCGACGGGUCCAAAGGGUUCAGUCGGGGCUCGUGGUCUUCUCGGGGCUAAAGGAUCGAGAGGGCCUGGAGGUCGACCUGGGGACUCUGGGGGUAAAGGCGACCCUGGGGCUCCGGGAAUUCCUGGUAGGGAUGGAAUGUCAGGCAUAACAGGACCACAGGGGCCACAGGGGCCCCCAGGUGCAGCGGGACCUGCAGGUCCUGAUGGGCCUCGUGGGCCCGUUGGACCCAUCGGCCCUGCUGGUCCACCAGGGCUACCAGGGAUACCCGCACCUACACCUCCACUUCCUAAGGAAACAAUCCCAGAAACCCCCAAACCACCAAAACCCGCCAAAGUGCUGCCACCCAAACCCCUCAAACCGUCCCAACCCCCGAAACAGACUCAGGCCCCCAAACCAACAGGGGCCCCCCAAGGCUCCAGGUCCCCGCAAAUCCAGCCUCCUGUCAACAAUGCUCCAGAGACUGGUUGCCCAGCUGAGUUCAGAAGGUUUGGAGACAGCUGCUAUUACUUCUCCUCUGGUCCUCAGAGGUUCAACUUUGAUGAGUCCAACCAAAAUUGUCGUGACUUGUCAUCGCUAAUGCUCAUUAUCAACGACAAAGAGGAACAGAAAUUUGUGAGAGAUGAGAUUGCAGGGAAAGGCUAUUUCUGGCUCGGCCUUACUGACAAAGAGGAGGAAAAUGUCUGGAAGUGGGUGGAUGGAACUUUGCCCGUUUUCAAGAUGUGGCGGCCUGGCCAGCCUGAUAACUGGGAACAUGGCCACGAAGACGGCGAGGACUGUGCCGGCCUCGACAGGGAACGGGAAUACCAGGGGAAGGCGAACAUCUGCGUCAAUACCCCAGCAAUGCCUCUCUUCACGACGAACCCAUUCGACCAAGAUGUUGAGAAAGCAACCAGUGAGAUGAACACUGCUGAGGACUGGGGCCUCAUUCUGGAUAUUUGUGAUAAGAUAGGGCAGUCACGCACUGGGCCUAAAGAAUGUCUCCGCUCGAUAAUGAGAAGAGUGAACCAUAAGGAUCCUCAUGUGGCCAUGCAGGCCCUGACUCUGCUUGGUGCUUGUGUCUCAAACUGUGGGAAGAUAUUCCACUUGGAGGUGUGCUCCAGGGAGUUUGCCAGUGAAGUCAGUAACGUCCUCAACAAGGGCCACCCCAAGGUGUGUGAGAAGCUGAAAGCCCUGAUGGUGGAGUGGGCUGAGGACUUCCGCAACGAUCCCCAACUCAGUCUGAUCUCAGCAAUGAUCAAGAAUCUACGAGAGCAGGGUGUUACUUUCCCAGCUGUGGGGUCCCAGGCUGCAGAGCAAGCAAAAGCAAGCCCAGCUUUAGUGGCGAAGGAUCCCGCCACCUCAACAAACAAAAAAGAAGAAGAAGAUUUGGCCAAAGCUAUCGAGCUGUCUCUGAAGGAGCAGCGCCAGCAGCCGCAGACCUCCCUGUCGGGCCUUUACCCGAACACCUCGGGCCUGCUCUCCUCGCACAAGUCCGACGGCAGGAAAGUCCGCGCCAUCUACGACUUUGAGGCUGCGGAGGACAACGAGCUCACCUUCAAGUCGGGGGAAAUCAUCACUAUCCUGGACGAUAGUGAUCCCAACUGGUGGAAAGGCGAAACAUACCAGGGAGUGGGGUUGUUCCCUUCCAACUUUGUGACAGCGGACCUCACCGCAGAGCCUGAGAUGAUGAAAACCGAGAAGAAGACGGUGCAGUUCAGUGAGGACAUCCAGGUGGAGACAAUAGAACCCGAACAAGAGCCUGUAUUCAUCGACGAAGACAAGAUGGACCAGCUACUGCAGAUGAUCCAGAGUGCAGAUCCCACGGACAACCAGUCGGACAGCGUGGAGUUGCUCCAGUUGGAAGGUGCCUGCAAUCAAAUGGGGCCCCUCAUUGACCAGAAGUUGGAGGAUAUAGACCGGAAGCACUCAGAGCUGUCGGACCUGAAUGUGAAGUUGAUGGAAGCUCUGUCCUUGUAUGCCAAGCUAAUGAAUGAAGAUCCAGUCUACGCCAUGUAUGCCAAGCUACAGAGUCAACAGUACUACAUGCAGCAACCUGCGAACGUAGCACAACAGGUGUACCCCGGUCAGCCGGCGUCAGGCCCGUAUGCCCCGAGCGGCACCGUGGUGCCGGGUUACACUGUUCCCAUGGAGCAGCUCCCGCCUGGAGCCCCCAUGCCUGGUCAGCCAGCUCCCAGUGACGUUCACAUGUACCUGGGCCAGCAGCCGGUCUACACCACCGCUCCGGGCAGCAUGGGCCCGGCCGACCCGCACCCCUACCAGAACCCGGCCGGCGGCCCGGGCCUCACGCAGACUCCAAGCUACAGCGCCGCCUCCGGCCCGAGUAUAGCACCUUCGUGUGACGCCCCUUACCCGGAGAAAGCCUUGCUAUAGGGCCCCCCCCCCCCCCCCGAGCUCCCAGCUCUCCUCACGCACACACGUGCACCCGGGCCCCAUCAGAUAGUGGUGGUAGAAUCGUUUUCACUUGUUUAUGUGUUUUUGAUUUGUGUGGAGGAAAACAUUCAAAGAGAGUAGAGAAGGCUCAGCUUUACUAUACAGUCGCACCUCUCACUGCAGGGUUCGGCUUUGAUCGAUUUUGCAGACGCACAUGGUCUGAAAAAAAGAGACACACUGUGUUCUUUCAAUUACUUAUGUCCCUGCAUUUUCAAUCUUCUUAAAUCCCUUCCACAUGACUCGCAUGUGACGACAUGGAGGAGCUCUCAGUUUACUUUCAUCUACAGCUGCACUUGGUUACGUUUAAGUCGUCAUUCACGCCUGAUCACUUCCAAGUGCAGAUCUGAUAGCGAUACAUGCAUUGUCCAGUUUAACGUACCGGGCCUGACAUGUAUUGCCUCAAGUUUUAAUCAUUGGGACCAUUGAGAAGUUGUGAUCAUGUUGUAUUUUACGAGCCCGAGUCCGAUCAUUUGGUACCAGUUUUAGGGGAAAUGAGACUGAAUAGUCAUUUGUUUGUCAUUUAGCGUUUGAAUCUAUUGUCCAUACUGUAAAUAGUGUGCAAACACAUGAGUGUUCUAUUACCAUGUGAAACAGGCGCACACACACACUACAGGCAGGUGUACAGUAGCAGACACACAUCCUUGGGAAUCUGGUCAUUUACCGUUUGCCACGCACUUAAUGCGACCUUAUUGCAAACCGUGUCACAGAAAACGGGCGUCAACACACUUUUUUUUCCCCGUAAUCUUAAAGAGGACUUUUAGUGAAGCUACAUUUUCUAACUAAGUUUCAAAGUUUACUUUUACUUACUCAAUUUUAGAAGUACUGAAAACUGACGCCACUUUUUUUUGUUGUUGUGAGGAAUUGAAGCAUGCACAUGACUCUUGUUUAGAGUCAAGCAGUAGUGGAGCCACAGGACGACCUCGCAGGUGAACUCGGUCAUGAUGUGCCCGCCGAACCGAAGGUGUGAAAGAAGAAGAUGUCGUUGACUCGGCACGUUCUGCAGAGUUUUCCUUUCCAAGGGGAGCAGCUGUUGGUCCUUGUUGGUGGGUUCAGGGUUCGCUCCGUCUGCAUUCGGGGGGCUGUAGCGACAGCCUCGGCUACUAAGAGGCGAGCUCUCUGGACCGCCUUUUUAAAAACAUCUCUUACUCGUUUCUCUUUUGUUUGUAGUGCAUUUUAAUUUAUGCUAUGAUGUUUUAACUGGAGAAGCAGCGUAUGUAUUCAGAUGAAAGCGGACUGUGUGAUGCUCCACCUUACUUGGUUGUAUAUUUAAAUAGCUCACACCAGGACGCGGACAUUACUCAGUGUUUUAUACAUGCUCGUUGUACUGUAGGGUCAAACGGUAAUGUGAAGAACUGAUCCAACAGCUCCUUUUCCUCCCCCCCCCCCCUCUGACGCUAAAACAAACCCUACCUGAAGCUGGACUCAAGGGAGCUCUUGUGAUUCUGGAAACGCACAGUCAGGAUUAAUGCACAGCUCCUUUUUAUGUGCUCUCAGUGAAAGAGUCACUUUAGUAUCAAGUAUUGUACGAAUGUACCCGACCACACCGUAACUUUUCAGCUCUCCUCUGCGUGCGCAGCUUCUUUGGCAAAGAGUCGACGUCCACGCACACUGACUGACGACAAAACAAGCAACGUUAUUUAUUUCUUUAAUAUCGAAUGAUGCUACAUGAAGGAAUUAUAAAGCUGUCUUUACAUAUGAUGCACUACGUUUCCCACUGAUUGGUGUGUUGAUUUGAUGGCUGUGUGUUUUGGAUUUUUCUCACGAGACGCUAUCAGUCGUGAGCCCUGCAUUCAUCUGGCCGGCUUCUGCUGCUUUCAAUUAAAUACAGGAGUCAAGUAGUAUUAAUGCGUUUGAUCAAAGAGGGCUGACGAUAUCAAACGUACAAACGACAGCAGCUGCGCUCCAGAAGCCACUUGAUCGUCCCGAAUCAUCCAAACGUAACAUCUGGACUGCAGCCACGAUGUAACUGUUACUGCACAGGAUCCAGAUGCUGCCUGUUUUUAAGUUUUAAACGUUAUAGUAAAGGUUUCCGUCAGAACUUGUAUCCUGCGGUUUGUAUGUAUUCUUUUAACCAUCCUUAUUAAUUGGUAUUCACAAUAAAACCAGGCCAAAUGUACAGGAUCCUA